GCGGCCACGCGCAGGGCACGGGGACAGCGACCGCUCUUCUCCCCGCCCCGGGCUGCGACCGAGCGCUUCACACCUGGGUGACCCCAGCGCCGAGCCGGAGGGCACGGGGCCGCGCGAUUGCCUCAAUCCCGUGUUUUCCCAGGCCUGCCAGAUUUACUUGGCAGCGCGUUACACGCCGCUGUCCCGCUCUGGGCUACGUCUGCCAGUUCACGGCUAUCAAGAGACGAGAAGCAGCCGAGCUGCCGCGCCGAGCCCGCGGACGGCCGGCGGUGCAGUGGAAGGACACGCUCUGACGGGCGGGGCGCACUCCUUCGCCUCCGCGGAAGGUUACCGCGACGGGCGGUGAAGCGACCCUUAAAGCGCAGCGCCCCGCACGGGGCCGCGCAGUGCGCGCUGAGAGCCGCGGCGGGAGUGGUGUGUGCGGCGGCUCUGUGAGAGCGGUGACGGUUCUUCGCGUGCCUCCGUUCUGCGCCGCCAUGUCCCGCGAGCCUGAGAUCAUGGAGUCGCAAGUGAUGUGGGAGCCCAACAGCAAGCGGAACACCCACAUGGAUCGGUUCCGCGCCGCCGUGGCUGGCAGCUGCGGGCUCCGCCUGGCCAACUACAACGACUUGUACCAGUGGUCAGUGGAAUCCUUUGCGGACUUCUGGGCAGAAUUCUGGAAGUACAGUAACAUCGUGUGCUCUCGCCUGUACGAUGAGGUGGUUGACACGUCCAAAAGUAUUGCAGAUGUCCCAGAGUGGUUUAAAGGAAGCCGCCUGAACUAUGCAGAAAAUCUUCUGAAGCACAAGGACAAUGACAAAAUUGCACUGUAUGCAGCAAAGGAAGGCAAGGAAGAAAUCUUGAAAGUGACUUUCGAAGAACUGAGACAAGCCGUAGCCCUGUAUGCUGCAGCCAUGAGAAAGAUGGGAGUAAAAAUAGGAGACAGAGUUGUGGGUUACUUACCAAACAGCAUUCAUGCAGUAGAGGCGAUGCUGGCUGCGGCGAGUAUUGGUGCUAUCUGGAGUUCAACAUCACCAGACUUUGGCAUUAACGGUGUGCUGGACAGAUUUUCUCAAAUUCAGCCUAAGCUCAUCUUCUCUGUUGAAGCUGUUGUGUAUAAUGGCAAAGAACAUAACCACUUGGAAAAGCUGCUUAGUGUGGUAAAAGGGCUUCCAGAUUUAAAAAAAGUGGUGGUGAUCCCUUAUGUCUCCUCAAGAGAAACUAUAGAUAUCUCUAAGAUUCCAAACAGUGUCUUUUUAGAAGAUUUCCUUGCUACUGGGAAAGGAGACCAGGCACCCCAGCUGGAAUUUGAACAGCUGCCUUUCAGUCAUCCUCUCUUUAUCAUGUAUUCAUCAGGCACAACUGGGGCACCAAAAUGCAUGGUGCAUUCAGCAGGGGGUACAUUAAUACAGCACCUGAAGGAACACAUUCUUCAUGGCAACAUGACCAGCAGUGACAUCAUUAUGUACUACACAACGACUGGCUGGAUGAUGUGGAACUGGUUGGUGACGGCGCUUGCUACUGGAGCUUCAGUGGUUUUGUAUGAUGGCUCUCCUCUAGUCCCAUCACCAAAUGUGCUCUGGGACUUGAUUGACCGACUAGGGAUCACCAUCCUUGGAACGGGUGCCAAGUGGCUUGCUGUGCUAGAAGAGAAAAACUUAAAACCAUGUGAAACACACAACCUCCAAACGCUCCAUACUAUACUGUCUACAGGAUCGCCUCUCAAAUCUCAAAGCUAUGAGUAUGUCUACAAGCACAUAAAGAGCAGUGUCCUCCUGGGAUCCAUUUCAGGUGGGACAGAUAUAAUUUCAUGUUUCAUGGGUCAGAAUGUUACGAUUCCAGUUUACAAAGGAGAAAUUCAGGCCAGAAAUCUUGGGAUGGCUGUGGAAGCAUGGAAUGAUGAAGGAAAACCAGUUUGGGGUGAGAGUGGAGAGCUGGUUUGUACCAAGCCCAUUCCCUGUCAGCCUACACACUUCUGGAAUGAUGAGAAUGGAAGCAAAUACAGGAAGGCUUAUUUUUCAAAAUUCCCAGGUGUUUGGGCCCAUGGUGAUUAUUGCAAAAUUAAUCCCAAGACAGGAGGAAUUGUCAUGCUUGGGCGCAGUGAUGGUACAUUAAAUCCAAAUGGAGUAAGAUUCGGAAGUUCUGAAAUCUAUAAUAUAGUUGAGGCCUUUGAGGAGGUUUCUGACAGCCUCUGUGUCCCUCAGUACAACAAGGAUGGGGAGGAAAGGGUGAUACUCUUCUUGAAGAUGGCUUCAGACCAUGCGUUCAGCGAGGACCUGGUGAAAAGAAUUCGAGAUGCAAUCCGUGUAGCACUUUCUGCCAGGCAUGUUCCAAGCCUCAUUCUAGAAACCAAAGGCAUUCCGUAUACGAUCAAUGGGAAGAAAGUGGAAGUGGCCGUGAAGCAAAUAAUUGCGGGGAAAGAAGUAGAGCAGCGGGGAGCUUUCUCAAACCCAGAGACUUUGGACCUCUACCAAAAUAUUCCUGAGCUUCAGAAUUUCUGAAGCCACGUGUUUGUGGUUGUUGGUUUGGGGUUUUUUUUUUGCGUCUGUCUUUGUUCUGUGUUUGUUUUGUAUAUACCAAUGCUGUAUGUAAAGAAAAAGCUCUAUUUAAUACCAGUGGUUCUUUUAGAAGAAAAAGAAAUAUCUUGUAAAGUGCAUUCUGAAAGGCUCGGGUGAAGCUUAGCUCCCUUUUAUUGCUUCAGUAUGCCAUACGUCCAGCCUGGAAGGAGGAACCUGCCUGUGCUGAUUUUUGUAUCUAUGCCGAAUGCGUUGUUUCUGGUUUAGACUCCCCUCAGCAGCCCAUCAGAUGGGAGCACCAUUAGCAGAUGUUACAGUUGAUAAUAGAAUAUUUCUUUCACAAAAUGUUCACGUUUUUAAAAAAAAAAAAAGGAAACUGGAUUUUUAACGUUUUUCUUUUUCAAUGCAUUUUAGAGCCACCUGCAAGGAAGGUGCAGCAGUUGUAACUACUUGUCUGUGAAACACAGAGGCAUCCUACGCGUGCGUUUGCAUGUUUUUAUAAAGCCAAAUCAUAAUGCACUGAAUCUAUCUGACUUGACUCAGAAUAAUUCCAGGCCCCAAACAGCUGGUGGUACUUCUGAAGGCAACUGCUGCUCCCUUUUGUGAUGGAGCCCUCCUGUUGUUUCAAGCUCUUCAUCCAUAGACUUCAGGGGAUUGCAGAGGUGGAGGAGCAAUCGCUGCUGUAUUGCUGGCGUAGCUCUGGGGUCUGUCUGUGGAAAUGAUUGUAAUUACUCUGAGUUUAACAUCACUGUAGUUGGAGGCAGCGUUUGCCUCCUUGUUUUGAAGUUCUUUACUGGCAGCAAUCCACCGUUACGUUAGCUGAAGGAUUCCAGUGUGUCCAUUUAUUGAAAGCUGAUGAUUUUGUAACACUUUUUUUU